CACAUUCCGGGCAGGCGCAGUGGGCGCGGGGCGGUGCGCGGCGGCGGCGGUGGCAGUGCGCGCUGGGGGCGGCCGCCGCAGCGCGGGGCCAUGGAGGCGGCGGCGGAGCCGGAUCCGGGCCCGGGCCCCGCGGCGGGGCCGCAGCCGGGGGCCGAGGAGAUCGACAUGUCCCUGGACGACAUCAUAAAGCGCCACAAGAAGGAGCAGAGCGGUGCCCAGGCGGCCGGGAACAGGCGGAGGCAGCAGGUGAAGAACCGGAAUUCGGCGUUCGGGUACGGGCGGCCCCGCUUCCGCACCUGGAUGCAGAGGAACUUGCAAGGACCCAACCGCUUCAGAAGAGGCUUUGGACAACAGCAGCACAAUAGAAGGCAAUUCAGGAAUACUGUGCCCGGUCCCCGGAGAAGAGCAGCUGCCGCAUUAAAUGGAGUGAGCCCGUUAAAUCGCCAGGCGUCCGCUCAAGAGGUGGGGGGAAUAAUGAAGGGUAACAAGAGCAACGAUGCUUUUGCCAAAAGUGGUAGCAGCGGGGACCCGGAGGCGCGGAGACGGCCACCGCUGGGCCCCAAGAGAUUCAGAGCAGCAGCUGCCAACACCCACGCCGCAGGGAGAAGUAACAGCAAGCCUUUCGUGCUGAACAGGGGACCAGGCUUCCAGCAGAAACGGAUGCAGCAGCAGUACUCCAAAGCCAACUUUCAGAGCAGGCAAAUGGAUGCAAUCGGAGACAGGAAACAACCAAGGAUGAGAAGGUGGCAAGUGAAACCCAGCCCCGGAGCAGUGCUGACGGUUUCUGUGGCUAAUCCCCAGGCGAGCCAGACCAGUGCGCCCGGAGGCAAGCGGCCGUUCCUGAGGAGCCCGAGGCCCCCGCCGCGGGUGGCCAAGCCCCAGCCGAAGGGAGUGCUGCUGAGGUUCAACUUCCGCGCCAUGGCGAACCAGGUAGAGGAAAGUCGACGGGACGCGUGGCACCUUGCACCCUGCAGCAGCCACGUCGCUAAUCUGUUAACGUCACGCUCAGGUUUUCAGGGCUGCCAGUUAGCUUUAUUUAGUGUAAGCUGGGAGGAAAAUGCUGUAGCCUGGUUGGACAGGUUGUUCACAAAGCUGAAGGCGCCUGAGAAGACUGUUCAGCAACUACAGACUCAGCCUAACUUCUCCCGUGCUGCUGGCCCCUCUUGGUCUGUCGUAGUGCUUGCUUGGAGUGGGAGGAUGCUCCGGCUCCUUGUGAGCGGUCCUGGCCGGGGGAGGACGUUUCACUGGUGCUCUGUGUGCUCCCUGCUCCUCAGAGAUGCGCGACACUUCCUCUGGGCCAUGUUCCCUCUUUGCUUGAGUGACCUUCUCGGUGCCACGUCUUACGCUGAAGUAUGGCCUCUGUAUGGAGCAGGUCAGAAGUCCUGCGCCACCGUCCUCCGUUGGCAGUGCUCCUUGUCUGGAUGGUUGGGUUUUACUUGAUGCCUUGUGCUCAGAUGCCGUCUGCUUGCUCCUGUCCUUGCCGAGGAUGCCCUGUGUCUCGGGGCUGGGCACUGCUUGGAGGUUUUCCAGCUGCACACAGUCUGUCGAGCUCCUUGUCUCCGUGUGACGAGUGGUUUAAUUGACUAACUGGCUGUGAAGUGCCGUCCUGACUGAUGGGCUCUAAUCAGUACCCUGCUACGAGUUUGGCCGUGCUUUGCCAUGAGGCUCGGGACUGAAUCACUCUCCCUUUCCCCUGCAGACCAGCCUGACGCUGGAUGAGAGAUUCUCUGGGCUGAGGAAUAAGCGGCGCUUUACAGCGGCAAGGAGCGCUGGCCGGACAGUCACCAUGCCUUAGCACCGCACGCUCAUCCCGGGGACUGCCGAUAACAGUCCGGGCCCCGUAACGGGCAGCUCAAUAAAACUCGAUAGAUUUCCUCCGAGAUAGCUAAUUUGGCAAUGUGCCGUCUCCUUCCUUACACCCAGCACGAGCGAGUGAGCGAGGGCAGGGACGAGGCAGCAAGAGAUGCAGGGCCAGAGCACGGGGCAGCGGGGAUGUGCAAGGGGAGGUGGUGGAGGGGAUAUGAGUGGAGCCGAAUUUGCUUCAUGGGUGUAGGAUGGUGAUUCCUGUGAGAGGAAGGGGGGACCAGCUCCACGACGUACCUGUGGAGCCCUUUCCCGGGUUGUGUUGCUAGUGAGUGCAGGAUUGAUGCCACCGCCGUGUCUGCUCUUCUGUCUGUUUGGGAGGCAGAACGGGGAGAGGAGCGUGGGAAGGGGAUGCUCCGGCCAUUGCCGUUCCCCAGCUUCCACCCAAACGCCUCAUUUCUGGCACACGCCGGGGUCCCUGACCUGAAGUUUGCUGUGUACAACCCUCGUCCUGACAAUGUCCCUCCCUGCCCAGAUGAUCAGGCCUCGCAUUUCUGGCUCUGCCUGCUGCUCUGCCUGCUAGGCUGCCGGCCCGGUUUCGGGGCUGGGGUAAGGAGUGCAUGCUGUUGGCGUGGCUUUCCCUGCUGUGGAGCAAAGACAGGCUGCCCCGCUCCGGGUCAGCUUUUCCAGUGCUGCAGUACGUCUGCGUUAGGAGUUUCAUAGGUGCAGCUCCAGCCCUGCUCAGAGCACCGGCAUAAUCAAGCUAGCAUUUGCAGGAAGGAGGCCAGGCUACACAGCAGUCAGAUAAAAACUGGCCGAGAAGCUAAUGAGCUGGAUCUAGACAUUUGUUAACUAAGCCCUGCACCAGCCAUGAGUCACUAAUCCAUUUUCCACCCGCUGCUGCAACCCAACACUGUGACCGCACUGGACGCAGGCUGUUCCUGCGCCCUGAGCUAUACUUAUAAAGGUAAAUAUUUGAUAGAACGCUUUACGUUUUACACCGAGUGUCUUUAACAAGAGACUGGACUUGGAGUGGGUUUUACAGGAAUUUGUGAAAUGUUACUAGUUUACUAAGCAGUGAUGUAUGAGUCCAACGCACUGAAUAAAAAAAUAAAAUACAA